UGUUGACCUGCACAACCUCCGCCGCCGCCGCCGCCACCCUGCUUAGCCAUGCAAGGCGCUCUCAUAUCCCCAACCACCUCCACCUUCGUACUCCGGCCACCUCCUCACCCUCGCCGGAGCACCAAGCCCUCUCCUCUCUUCUCCGUCCGAGCCUCCGCCCCCAAUGCCGCCAUCGCCGCCGCGGAAGAGACGAAGCUCAACAAGUACAGCUCCCGCAUCACCGAGCCGAAGUCCCAGGGCGGCUCUCAGGCCAUCCUCCACGGCGUCGGCCUCUCCGACGCCGACAUGUCCAAGCCCCAAAUCGGCAUAUCCUCGGUCUGGUACGAAGGAAACACGUGCAACAUGCACCUCCUGGGCUUGUCGGAGGCGGUGAAGCAGGGGGUGGAGGAGGCCGGAAUGGUGGGGUUCCGGUUCAACACGGUCGGCGUCAGUGAUGCUAUUUCUAUGGGGACUAGGGGAAUGUGCUACAGCUUGCAGUCUAGGGAUUUGAUUGCUGACAGCAUUGAGACUGUCAUGGGGGCUCAGUGGUACGACGCCAACAUUUCCAUUCCGGGUUGUGAUAAGAAUAUGCCAGGUACUAUAAUGGCAAUGGGGAGGAUCAACCGACCGAGUAUCAUGAUUUAUGGUGGCACUAUCAAGCCUGGGCAUUUCCAAGGCAAUACAUAUGAUAUAGUAUCCGCCUUUCAGAUUUAUGGAGAGUAUGUAAGUGGAUCCAUUAGUGAUGAGCAUAGAAAGAAUGUUGUUCGUAACUCCUGCCCUGGUGCUGGGGCUUGUGGUGGAAUGUAUACGGCUAAUACAAUGGCUUGUGCCAUUGAAGCUUUAGGAAUGUCAAUACCUUACAGCUCUUCUACACCUGCUGAAGAUCCGUUAAAGUUGGACGAGUGCCGCUUGGCUGGGAAAUAUCUGCUGGAAUUAUUGAAAAUGGAUUUAAAACCGCGAGAUAUUAUUACUCCAAAGUCGCUGUAUAAUGCUAUGGUCACUGUCAUGGCAUUGGGUGGAUCUACCAAUGCCGUGUUACACUUAAUCGCUAUUGCCAGGUCUGUGGGCUUGGAGUUAACUCUAGAUGAUUUCCAGAGAGUCAGUGAUAAGAUUCCGUUUCUUGCAGAUCUUAAGCCUAGUGGGAAGUAUGUCAUGGAGGAUGUACACAAGAUUGGCGGAACGCCAGCUGUUCUUCGGUACCUAUUGGAAAAUGAACUUCUGCAUGGGGAUUGUAUAACUGUUACUGGGAGGACACUGGCUGAGAAUGCCAAAAGCUUCCUUCCCUUGUCUACUGGGCAGGAUAUAAUAAGACCCUUGGAAAAUCCUAUAAAAAAAACAGGUCACCUCCAAGUACUAUAUGGAAACCUGGCACCAAAGGGUUCUGUAGCAAAGAUUACAGGAAAAGAAGGGCUAUACUUCUCUGGUCCAGCACUUGUCUUUGAAGGGGAGGAAGCUAUGCUUGAAGCUAUCACAGAGAAUCCAAUGAAUUUCAAGGGAAAAGUAGUUGUUAUUAGAGGAGAAGGUCCGAAGGGAGGACCAGGCAUGCCUGAAAUGUUAACACCUACCAGUGCAAUAAUGGGUGCAGGUCUUGGGAAGGAAACAGCACUGUUGACUGAUGGUAGAUUUUCAGGAGGUUCUCAUGGAUUUGUUGUUGGUCACAUAUGUCCUGAAGCACAGGAAGGUGGUCCUAUCGGAUUAAUUGAAAAUGGGGACAUCAUCACCGUUGAUGUCGAAAAGAAAAGAUUGGAUGUUCAGUUGACAGAUCAAGAGAUGAACACUCGGAGAAAGAAUUGGGUUGCUCCUCCGUACAAGGCUAACCGUGGAGUUCUGUACAAGUAUAUCAAGAAUGUACAAACAGCUUCAGAUGGAUGCGUGACGGAUGAAUAGUGGAGAUUGGAGAAGCAGUAUCUGUCAAGAAUUGCAGUCAGCUUCAAAUAUGUAUGUGCCACAAUCUCGCAGCUUAGUGGGGAUUGGAGGAAACGACUUGGUAUAGAGAUGGCACAAAUGUGCGUUAUUGCGGCUCUUUAGGAUAGGGUGUCCAUUUGGUUAUUAGUUCUUUUGGGACUGGGUUUCUUUUCACUUAAGCUUUUCUUGUAUUUGCAUCUCGGUUGCUGGGUUAAUAAAAUUCUCAAUGAGCUUUCUUAAA